UUUUCCGUUCAACAAAGGAGUUCCUCUGAGUGCAUUUUUGUCAUGAAAAAAAGGCUCAUAAAACCAUAAAACUUGAAAACUGCAGCGCCCUUCCCUUUGUGGAAUAUCACAGCGCAUGCCGCAAAUUGAAGAUAAAGCUUAGCCAAACACCUAACAAAGAGCGUACAUUUAUGGAUACAAAAUUACAUAAAAGUGGUUGCUAAUAUAUUCCGUUAUCUAACUAACUCCGAGGGUUAUGAAAAAAUGCAAGAAAAUAUUGAGCAGAAAAAUGCGGGCAACCACCACGUUUCGUCUACUAACGAAAGGAAACUGGGCUCUACCUCACAUUUACCGCCAAAUACAGGCAAGAAAUUUUUCAAAACUAUUCUGCAACGGAGCACCCACAAGAAAACAAUCACAAAAAGCGGCAAGCCUUCAACGUCAAGUGAAAAAUACACAACUCCCUGCUACAAUCUGCCGAACGGCGAGCACUUAUCUGGAGAAAAACUAUUCGAAGAGCGUAAUUGAAGAUGCCACAUUGGAUUUUGCAGAUAUGGCGCGCAAAUAUAACUAUCCCGUGGAAGAGCACACAGUACAUACCGCGGAUGGGUACGUCCUGCAGCUGCAUCGAUUGCCACAACCUCAAGGAAAGCCAGUAUUCCUAAUGCAUGGUCUCUUCGAUAGUUCGGACACUUGGAUUAUACAGGGACCCAAACAUGGACUAGGCUACUACCUGCACGAUCACGGCUAUGAUGUGUGGCUGGGCAAUGCGCGCGGUAAUUUUUACUCCCGCAAGCAUCUUGAAAAAUCACCAAAGAAAUCCGAUUUUUGGGAUUUCUCUUGGCAUGAGAUUGGCUGCAACGAUCUGCCCGCCAUGAUCGAUUAUGUGUUACACAAGACGGAACAGCGGCAAUUAGCCUACUUUGGGCACUCGCAGGGCACAACAGUUUUCUUCGUUAUGGCCUCUCAGCACCCAGAGUACAACGCAAAGAUUAGCUUAAUGAACGCACUAGCGCCCGUUGCUUUCAUGACGAAUUUGAAAACGCCUGCUGAAUUCCUUUUCCGCAUAUUCACUGUUCUCGUCGAAGAUGCGACGUUUGAGGUCCUACCGCGCAAUGACUCGUGGAAAUUCUUUUUUAGUUCGAAAACUACCGAAAACUGGUUCAUUAAAUUUGUGUGUGAAUAUUUGGGUGAACACAAUGAGAUGUGGAAUCCAGAACGCUUGCCGGCAAUUGCGGCGCAUGGUUCGAGCGGUGCUAGCAUUAAACAAUUGAGGCAUUACUUUCAACUUAAAGGGUCGAACCGAUUUUGUCAAUACGAUUAUGGUAAACAGCGGAAUAUCGAACGUUAUGGUUCCGCAGAGUCCCCAACAUACCGUCUAGACAAGAUAACUGCGCCCGUAGCGCUUUAUUACGCUCAAAACGAUCCACUGAGUAAUGUGGCUGAUGUGAAAGCUUUGAUCGCAGAGCUGCCGAAUGUGGUCGAGCAUCAUAUGUUUCCCGACAAGCAAUGGAAUCAUGUGUCUAUGUUGUGGGGUCUUAAGGCGCGCGAAUUGGCGCAUAGAAAUAUGAUGGAGGUGCUGCGGAGAUUCCAAUGAAAUGAUCCAGCUGUCAAGGUUUCAGCAUUUUUAGUGUCAAAAGGCCCGAUUUCAUAUAUGAGAAAUGCUACAAAUUCUGCCGUGGGAUGUUUAUUUUAUUUUAUUAGUUAUUAUUAUUUUAUUAUUAUUUUGUUAUUUAUUUUUAUUUUAUUAUUAAGUAUUACUUUAUUACUUACUUACUUGUAGAAGACUUUACUUCAGAAUUUUAUUAAAAAAAAAAUUAGGUAAUGUUUAUGGAAGUUUCUGCUGGUUAAGAUCCAACUGAUAUAACACGUCCGACAUGGUUUUUACCCUUUGAAAAUGUUGUAAUAAUUAUGUGACGCACAAAGAAAGUUCAGGGAUGAGCUAGAAAAGUUUUAAAAUCCAGAACCAGUUCUUUGAGAAUUACUCAACAAGCCAUUUACAGAAAAUUUAGUAACGCACGAAUUAAAGCCGAAUGCGGUCGAAGGUAUUUUCGAGUAGAUAAAUUCUUCAGGCGCUUAUCCGCCAAAAUAGAGAAGGAGUAUUGAUGUCAUAGCCCCUGGAGGACCGUAUUUAACCUAAUCAGCAAUGUUAAUAAAGUUCGAAAAAUUGUAUUGACUUUGGUUAGAUAUUACCUGCAGAGAAUUGUAUUCAAUCCUUCCCAAAAUUGUCAUCCAUCCCUUCAAAAAUCAAGAAAACUGCGUAACUGCACAGAAAGUACGCAGCUGUUCCCUGUUAAUUUUCACAGCCGCAGUUUCUGCUACCUCUCACCCUCUAGUGUGGAUAUCAAUACCCAGAAAUAACUGCGACAAGAACCUCGCAUGUCAGCCCUAGGCUUGGCUAACAUAUUGGAUGUUCUCUUAAGAUUAUAUAGGGUGGGCCAUGUAAAAUUGGCUUUUUGAAUCGGCUAUAAAAAAAAACUAAUGAAUAUUUUUUCAAACUUUUUUUUUAUUUUGAAGAAUGAACAUUGUCAUUUAUGAAUGAAAAAUAAUAACGUUCAAAUGACUGUCACGACUGGCUUUACAGUAGGCCGUUCGAUUACUCCAAUUUUUAAACACUCGAUUUUUUGGGCUCCAAUUUCAUGAAUGGCAACUUCGAUUUCGUGUUUUAAAGCAUCAAUCGUCUCUGGAUGGUUCGCAUAGCAUUUAUCCUUAACGGCUCCCUACAAAAAAUAGUCCAACGGGCUUAAAUCACAGCUCCGAGGCGGCCAAUUGAUAUCGGAAUUUCGGCUGAUUAUUCGGUUUUCAAAAACGGUAGUCAAAAGUUCGAGUAUAACUUUGGCAGUGUGACAAGUUGCACCGUCCUGUUGAAACCAAAUGUCCUCCAUGUCAUCCUCUUCAAUUUUUGGAAACAACUCGUUGAACAUGUCACGGUAACGCUCGCCAUUUACUGUAACCGCGGCUCCUCGCUCAUUUUCGAAAUAAGUGGCCCGAUAAUGCCGCCAGACCAAAAACCGCACCAAACCGUUGUGGCUGCAUUUGCUUCUCUACAGUAACGUAUGGAUUUUCUGAGCCCCAACUAGCGCCAUACUCUUACUUCUUUGGAUGUUUAACAGACUUGGAAUCACCAGCAAUCAACAGUAUUUUACUGUUUAUACGAGGGACGAAGUAAUAUCAUCGCAUUGAAAAUUAGAGGGCGAACUUGAGUCCAAACUAGUGAUAUCACACGAAGCCAGCAAGUCUAAGUGGACUCUAGGCCUAUGUAAUCAUCUAGAUUUAAGUAUCUUGACCUGAGUGGGCCACCUCUACACCCUUAUGGAGAAUGGCAAGCACCGUAACCUAACCGAACCUAUAACAUGUAUGUGGAGCAGGGUUGGAUAGAGUGUACUAAAUAAUUAAUGCAAUAAGCGGAUAAUUAAAACACUGGGAGAUACUGAUAAUGAAACUCUUAUUUUAAGUAUUACUAAAAAAUUAGUGAUAGUGCAAUUUAGUACUGGUGCAAAAUACAGGGUGCGUCAUCUUUUAUGUCGGUAUGAAAACAUUAAAUAACUUAAAAAAAACAACAACUGAUUUGUACA